GCAUCCAUCGGUCUCCAUGGUAACGCUUCUGAUGCCGCCAUUGAUCGUUUGUUUUCGCUCUUCCUGCUUUUCUUCGAUAUUUCAGGAUGAGGAAGAGGAAAAGCGACUUCAUUUGGUUUCUGUUAGACUUGAAGUGUUUCACUCACUGAGCAGUGAGUCUAAAUUGUUUCCAGAAAAGGUUCGGUACCGCCGGUUCUGUUCAUGUGGACCAGGUCCGGUUCUUUUUAGGGUUCUAGAUUAGCUUUUCAUGCUAACAGACUCCGGAGUCUGGAGUUGAAGUUGGCCUCUGAUUGGGAGAUUAAAGGGUUAUUUCUCUGAAUUUAAGGCUCAGGAAUCUGUUGAAGGUUCUGCUCCAGACGCAGCAUGCAGGUGCUGCCGCCCUGGGGCCUCGCCCUCCCUCUCCCUGCAGUGAUGCUGAUCGCUGUCAGUCUCUACAUGAUGGUUCUGGUGGUCGGGCUGUGGAUCCGCUACUGCCUCAAGGACUUCUGUCCCCCUUGUCCCAGCUGUCCCUGCUGUCCCAGUGUCUCCGUCUGCGACCAAUGCUUCAGACUCGCUGAGAUGUGUGACUGCCGUCUGCCAGGCGUCAGCACCUUCCUGCCAGACUCAUGUUCCAACGCUCCGUGCUUCAGCAUGGACUGCGCCUGCACCUGCCAGCCUCCAGAGUGUGACUCCUGCAACUGCCUCUGCUUCGAGAUCCGGAUCAAGUAGAACCGAGGACCGGUUCUGACUCGCUCAGAGGAAUGACAUGGAGCCGGCCCAGUUCUGCUGAACAAAACCGACCCGACCCAUCUGUGGUUCCGACUCGUCUUCUGAGCCGUUGUGUUUGGGCGCAGCGCCAGUCUGACCACCAGAUGGUGCUGCCGCUCCACUCUCUGGGUUUUGAGAUGAAGCACGCGGCGACAGUGGGAACCGUUCCAGGAACCCGGCCGGUUCGGACCCUCCUCCGCUAAAGUCUUCACACCCUGACUUUGCCGUGUCGUCCUCAGUCUGUUAUGUUGCUCAUCUGGUUACUGAUUGUUUGUGACGGGUUGGUAAGAAAGAAGCAAAGAAGCUUUAGCUGUUCCCACCCGGACCAGCGGUCUCCAACAUGUGGCUCCUGGGCCACAUGUGGCCCUUUGGCCUCUUCACUGUGGCCCUUAUGAAACAGACUAAAAACAGGUUUUAUUCUGAAAGCAAAAAGAAGGGCUGGUUUGACCAGUUCAGCUUUUAUACAUCAAUGCUUUGUUUUUGAAUAUAAUUGAAUGUUUUUACGCUUCA